AUGGAAGGUUCCCGGAAUCGAAAACAGCGACGAGCAGCUGCAGCAGCGAACUCCAAGACAGGUGCAUCGUUCGAUCCGUCCUCAAUCCCCCUAGCCCAUCCUGCUCGAGAUGCGAGCAUCAGCAAUGGAAAGACCUUGGUUGAGCUCAUUGCCGAAAGACAGAAUGAGAUAUUGAGCAACGGGGAAGACUUUAAUGAGAGCGGUGGUGCCACGAAACCAGGCCUGGCAACCCAAUUUGUGAGCGUCGACCCGGCAUCUGGCAAAAUCUCCCAGUUUGACCCGUCGACACUGUCCGAAGAACAAAAGAACGACGACUCCUCUACGGAUGAUGAACCCGCGAGCGAAGACCACCAGCCGGACACAACUACCGAAGACCCGAUCCCCCCUUUAAUCGACACCCUCCUCCUCUCCGUGCCAUUGACGACUCUCCACCUCACACUGGCCUACCUGGCAGCUUAUCAGUACGCAGAGAAGGUCGAGCUGGACAAGCUCCUACGCGAAUCUGCAUUCAUCGCGCUUCCCAUGCUGACGCUCCUCAUACACCUCGCUCACGGACACAUCCUCUCAAUCUACACCACCGGCCCAGACGAGGAGAGAAUCUCGCUCUUUCCCUGGUCCCAAGACAAGCUCUCGCUAUCCUUCCUCCGAAAGCUGGUGUUCCCGCCUACGCUCCGAACGUCCGCGUUUCUGUCUGUCGCUGUCUUGCUGGGGUGCAAGCUGAUAACGUCCACAAAUGAAGACCCAUACUACGCCGUUAUGAAGCGGGCGCCGGCCAUCGGGACACUCUGGGUCUGGAGUAUCCUCGAAAUCCCAGCAGGUGCGGCGAUUCUGGGAGCGUUAGGCCCGUUGGUAUGGGGUGUUUGGUGGAAAGGUUAUGGUAUACUCUAA